AUGCUCUUUUUCCGGGGUUCUCCAGUAACACCUCUCUCUGGGCCAAAGCGUCCCAGCUGGAUCUGGGGAUACAACCGGAUGCUUAUUAACGGAACCAGCGGUGAUUAUUUCGAGUCUUGGCAGAAAGAAUUUGGAGACGUGUAUCGUCUUCCCACGGCUGCUGGAGCCGAACGCACGGUCAUCAUGGAUUCUCGUGCCAUCGCAUAUGUUCUCAAUACAAACGGAUAUAAUUUCACUCGUUAUGAAGGCGAGCGCAACACGAUCAAGCGUUUGCUCGGUGGUGGAAUUUUGACCGUAGAAGGGAAUGACCACAAGAGGCACCGUAAAGCAAUGAGCCCGGGAUUCUCAAUUGCUUCGAUCCGGUUCUUCACCUCCAUUUUCUUGGAAGCAACACACAAAGUGAAAGAACGAUGGCUAUCCAAAUUGUCAGACAGCAAAGGGAAUGACAUUGUGCUGGACGUCGAACACUGGAUGAACGCAAUAUCAUUCGAAUCCAUUGGGGAGGCCGGCUUUUCUCAUGACUUUGAUUGCAUAAAUGACGAGGUGUCGGUGGUUGGUCAAGUCUUCAGUUCUUUGGGAGCAACUAAUGGGACGCUCACUGCCGCCAUUGCUGUCGCGUUGCAAGCAUUCCCUAUUAUUGCAUCACUUCCGCUCGCCCGGAACGUGGCCUUUGAUAAUCUCCGAAACACGAUGAGAGAUCUAAUAAAUACUAUGGACCGAAAGACUCUCGGAAAUGAUGCCUCUGAUGAACGGCGUUCGCUUGUUGCUUCAAUCAUCAAGGCAGAGAAUCGCAACUUGAGCCAGGAGGAAGUCAUGGCUGAGGCAAAUUACUACGUUGUUACUUGCCGGAUUCGAGACCACUUCUACGACUAUGGCGGUCCGUUCAGGUUAUAUCCGGAAAGUGUACUGAAGCUCACGCUUGCACAGUGGUGCCUGCAUGAGCUCUCGAUUAACCCCCACGUCCAAGACAAACUGAGACGGGAGAUCAUGAUGUUCCCUGAUGCGACUCAUGAACAGCUGGCCACGCAGAUGCCCUACUUGAACGCUGUCGUCCAGGAGACAUUGAGGACUCAUCCGGCCGUCGUGGAGAAUCAUCGUCAGGCCAUGAAAGACGACUCGAUUCCCCUCCAACGUCCGAUCAAACUGGCCAACGGACAAUCUGUCGAUCACAUCGAUGUGCGUGCCGGAAUGGGCGUGAUCAUUCCAAUCGAAGCUAUGAACAAAUCAAGUGCCUUCUGGGGACCGGAUAGUCAUGAGUUCAAGCCUGAGCGGUGGCUGGACGAGGAGCUGCCCAAGAAAGUGACGGAGAUUCAGGGAUUUCAUCAUUUGCUGACCUUCAUUGAUGGACCUAGGAACUGCAUCGGCAAGAACUUUGCAGUGGCCGAAUUCAAGGCCGUGAUGUCGGUACUGAUUCGCCACUUCUCAUUUGCUCCUCUCACGGACGGAUCUGACGUCCGGCGCGUCCUUACUCUUGUGCAGCGGGCGAAGAGCAAGGGGCACGAUGGGCUUCUGUUGCGCAUUAGCCGGGUUGAAACGGAAUGA